AUGGAUACCGUCAAGAAAGUCCUCCACAUCGGCGAGAGCAGCCAAGGAACCCCGCCAAAAGAGCCCACCGCCUCAGAGCUCCAGGAGCUCCAAUCCAAAUAUAAAUCCGCACAACAAGACCAAGUCUUCGCCUUCUACGACACCCUUUCUGUCCCCGAAAAAGCAGCACUCUUCUCCCAACUCUCCUCCUUCGACCCCGCACACAUAAACUCCAUAACCUCCGCAGCCCUCAACCCCCCGAAAGCCGAAAAUGCAAACAAAGAAGAAGCGCCCCUCGAGCCCCUACCCGAGUCCGCCACAGCCAGUAUCCUCGAUUCAAAACCCGAGGAUAUUGAGAAGUGGUAUGAGAGCGGCCUUGAUCUGAUUGCGGGGGAUAAGGUGGGUGUUGUGCUUAUGGCGGGCGGACAAGGGACGCGGUUGGGCAGUUCUGCGCCCAAGGGCUGCUUUAACAUCGGAUUACCGUCCGAGAAAUCACUGUUUCAGAUCCAGGCCGAGCGGAUUCGCAAAUUGCAGCACUUGGCCGCCAAGAGGGCCGGGAAUAAGGAGGCGGUUAUGCCGUGGUAUGUCAUGACGAGUGGGCCUACAAGAGGGCCCACAGAGAAGUAUUUUGAGGAAAAUGGGUACUUUGGACUGCAGAAGGAGAAUGUGGUUAUUUUCGAACAAGGGGUGCUGCCUUGUAUCUCGAAUGAUGGGAAGAUAUUGCUGGAGAGUAAGGGUAGGGUUGCUGUGGCGCCGGACGGAAAUGGAGGGAUCUACCAGGCCCUUUUCACGUCGACAGUUAUGCAGGAUAUGAGGAAGCGUGGGAUUCAGCAUAUCCACGCUUACUGUGUGGACAAUUGUCUUGUCAAGGUCGCUGAUCCGGUCUUUAUCGGCUUUGCGGCAUCCAAGGACGUCGAUAUUGCUACCAAGGUCGUCCGGAAACGCAACGCUACUGAGUCUGUUGGACUUAUUUUGCUUAAGAACGGCAAACCAGACGUUGUCGAGUAUUCUGAAAUUGACAAGGAGACGGCAGAGGCUAAGGAUGCUAAGCAGCCCGACGUAUUAAAGUUUAGGGCUGCUAACAUCGUUAACCAUUACUACUCAUUUCGAUUUCUGGAAUCGAUCCCAGAGUGGGCGCAUAAACUGCCUCACCACGUUGCUCGGAAGAAGAUUCCUUAUGUCGAUACCGACUCGGGAACUACGGUCAAGCCCGAGAAGCCGAAUGGCAUCAAGCUGGAGCAAUUCGUCUUUGACGUCUUUCCCAUGCUUGAGCUCUCAAAAUUCGCCAGUUUAGAAGUCAAGCGCGAAGACGAAUUCUCGCCUUUGAAGAAUGCUAAAGGUACGGGUGAGGAUGAUCCUGAUACGAGUAAGAGGGAUAUCCUGGAUCAAGGAAAGCGAUGGGCACAGGCUGCUGGUGCUACGGUUGUGAGUUCGGGUACAGAUGAUGGCAUUGAAGUGUCGCCAUUGAUUAGCUACGGUGGAGAAGGGUUGGAGAAGUUGAAGGGCCAGACUAUUACUGCGCCGGCUGUUUUAGAAAAGGAACUCUCGUAA